GGGGCUGCCUCGGCUGCUCUCUCGUGUCCCUGGGAACGGGGAGUCCCCCCAGCACUGCUGGGGACAAUUCUGGGAAAGGAUCCUGGGCCCCUUUCCUGUAAGAGGGCCGUGAAGAGCCUCCGUGCCCUGUCGUGCCCCGCAGCGAUGCCCGUGUGAUGUGGUAGAGAAGAGCAAGACAAGGAGGGACACAAGGAUGAGGUUGGAGCCGUCCUGGCCUCUGCUGGGGCUCCUGCUCUGGGCAGGCCUGUCUGCCAGUGAAGAAUUCCUGGUGGAGAUUUCGGGCACCACGGUGACAAUCACAUGUCCCUUGGCCGAGGAUGACGUAGUGUGGAAGUCAACUGGGGGAAAAGCAGGCACCAGCAACGAGAGGAAGUACAUUAUAACGGACCACGACAGCUCUCCUGCCAACCUGAGCUGUUCUUCUGACUCCAGUGGGACGAGGCAUGAGCUGUACCUGAAUGCCAGAGUGUGUGCCAACUGCGAGGAGCUGGAUGCCCUGACGGUCACAGGGAUCAUUGCUGCGGAUCUCCUCAUCACCCUGGGGGUGCUGAUCCUGGUCUACUACUUCAGCAAAGACAGGAAGGGGCGAGCAAGCCCCAGUCCUGCCCCUCGGCCACGAGGUCAGAAGAUGCAGCGUCCUCCCCCCGUUCCCAACCCGGACUAUGAGGUAUGGAGUGUUUUCCAUCUCUCUGCUGGCUGGGGAGGGAGAGCAAAGUCUGAGAAUUGGUAG